CUGGCAGGCAGAAAUUUAGAACGUGGGUAGCAAGAGAACCUUUCAUAAAACCAUUAAAUACUGUGUAGUUGCUAAUGUGAACAGCUCGAAACGGAUCGCGUCGUAGUUGUUCGAAAACGUGUCGACCAAAGUGCAGUGAAAAAGUGUGUGCAAAAGGAAACUUAUAGCCAAAAAAGCUAGAGAAACAAUCCCCAUUGGUGGUGAAUAACCGAAUAUCGUGCAGAGUGAUCAAUUUUCGUUAGAGAAUCGCCAUUUUGAAAGCGGCAACCCAAAAUACACACUUCUAUUGUUCCUGGUACCGCCUGUGCGUGUCGUGUGUGUGUGUGUUUAGAAGUCGUUGCUACAAUCAGAAUCGCAAAGAUGAAUUCAGCCCUGAACAAAUUACACUUUGUCAACACGACUGGUGUAUCGUUGAAUGACCGUUUCACAUCGAUGGCCAAACCAUUUCUAGGAUUUGGGAUGUCUAAGACGAUGAUGGACGUACCCAUGUCCCGCCCGAAUCCAGUUCCCAUAACGGAUAGCAGCAAUCGUCGGCUGAUUGAUAGCUGGGAUCGUAUGCAUGCCCUGCACGCUUUGGCAAGAAAUGUUAUCCAAGAAAGUCGUCCGGCCAGGCAGCGGCUGCAGCGCAAUACAUUGGCGCAGCAGGUGAAGCGUACGAUGAAUAGGCUGCCCGGCGGUGCUCGUCGUCUGCAGCGAUCCAACAGUUUCACGGAUAUAGCAACAAUGAAUGCUGAUCGCGUUGAACUGUUGCAGAGAGUGCGAGGUCGUACACCGACGAUCAAUUCCCGACUGGGUGCGGCCCGUAAUGUAAGCCGUGGUCGCAGCAUGUCACGUGGACGUAGUGCUUCCCGUAAUCGCAGCUCAUCCCGCGAUCGACAGCCCUCGCUAAGUCGUUCGAACUCACAGACGAAUCUACAGCGGGCCGGAUCUCGAAACAACUUGACUCGCGCCGGUUCCCGUACCAACCUUGCUCGUGCUGGUUCCCGCACCAACCUUACUCGUGCCGGAUCCCGGACCAACCUGGCUCGUGCCGGAUCCCGGACCAACCUGGCUCGUGCCGGAUCCCGGACCAACCUGGCUCGUGCCGGAAGCCGCAACGGACUAAACGCAACCCAUAAAACCAUCGCACCGAAUGAUGCUCGUCGUCGUAUAAACCGCAACAAUUUGAUUGCCAAUCGGUUGGGUACGGUUAAUGGUGCGGUCGGCGCACGUGGCCGUAGCCGCAGCCGGAGCCGUGUUCGUGGAGCAGCACCAGCUGCACCUGUGCAGACCGGCGGAGCCCCGAAUGGCCGGGCCCGAUCGCGAUCCCGUAAACGUGUCGGAUCUAGAACGCGAGCCGGAAGCGUGAACAGUCGGCUCGGUGUGAAUCGUACGAACGAGCCAACCGGCAAUGUCGGUGGCCGGGCCAAUGGAGGCCGAGUUACUAAGCGAAGCCGUAGCAUCCGCCGCGGAGUGGCUAAUGCAUCAACCGUCGGUGCACGCGCCGGACGCCCGUUGAAGAGAGAAGCGCCUAAACGCAAGGGAGCGGGUGGCAAAGCAGCGAAGGGUAAAGCAGCCAACAACGGUGGUGGCGCGAAUGGAGGUGCAGGCGCUGCAGCAUCCGGAAGACGCGGACGAUCACGAUCACGCCGUGCAAAUUCGCGCGUUCGUGGACGCAGUGCUUCGAAGAAUCGUACCGGGCACGUAAACCAGCAGCCCAAGAGCCGCGCAGAGUUGGACAGCGAGCUGGAUCAGUACAUGGCAAACACGAAGUCGUCGCUGGACAAAGAAAUGGACCAGUAUAUGAACGGUUUCGGUACGGGGCGCAUGUGAAGCCAGCCCCUUCAUCGAUCGAGCCAUAAUACAUUUACAUAUGCAUCCAGUAAGGCCGCGUUUUUUAAACUAAACUCUGUAAACCUGGACUACUAGAUGAAUAGGACUCUCUCCUGUACUCUAUACCUACGAGUCGGUAUUAUUACGUAUCAUUAAGCAAAAACAACCCUUUGCGGGACUCUGGAAAAGUUUUGCAACCCCGUAUCGCCAGAAGGGCAAUGCAUCGUGACUUACGGCAUAAGUUUGAAGUUAGUUUUAUUUAAUUAUACACUCUACCAGUAACACUAUACACAUUAUUAAACCGUGUAUCAUGUACAAAGGAUUCUCACGUGUAGCUGUUAGCAUUUCAUGAAUAAACAAAACAAAGAAUUCACACUUCUUUUUUGAGU